UGUACUUGAAGCGAAGCAAAAAGACGAAGACCACGUGCUAUGCCACGAAACGUGCACUGAGUUUGGAGCCAUAUCUGAAGUGAAGAUUGAAGACGCGAUAGAAGAUGGACGACUGCUGCGAUGCUGAGAUGGCGACGUCCGCUGAAAGAGAAAGUGAAAGAGAAUCAACUUCCAGAAAAUCACCAACGGACAUAAAGACGACAGAUGAAGACGUCCAGCAGCUGAUCGGUAAUCCAGAAGAAGUUUCCCCUCAGUCAGGGGGGAGCUCCACUUUGAAGCAGGAGACUCCACAACCACCCUGCAUUAAAAAGGAAGUGGAGGAACUCUGCAUCACUCAGGAGGGAGAAUGUCUUCUAGGACGAGAGGAAGCUGAUUACACCAAGUUUCCACUGAGUAUUCUCUCUGUGAAGACUGAAGAUGAUGAAGAGAAACCACAAGUAGACAACCUCUUAGCUCCACUAUCAGAUAGUGAGGCUGAAGACGAGGUUGAAGAACCUUUGAGCAGUGAUAAAGACUGUGAAGGUGAUAUGAGGACUCACACUGACAACAAACACUCUUCAAAGAAGAGAGGUCAAACAUGUUUGAGCUGCUCAAUUUGUGCUAAAAGUUUUACUAAAAAGAGCCAUUUGACUCAACACAUGAGAACACACACAGGUGAAAAACCAUUUAAUUGUUCAGUUUGUGGCAUACGUUUUUCUCGAAAUAGCAAUUUGACUCAACACAUGAGAACACACACAGGUGAAAAAACAUUUAAGUGUUCAGUUUGUGGCAAACGCUUUUCUCGAAAUGGCUAUUUGACUAAACACAUGAGAACACACACAGGUGAAAAAACAUUUAAAUGUUCAGUUUGUGGCAAAAGCUUUUCUCGAAAUAGCAUUUUGACUGAACACAUGAGAACACACACAGGUGAAAAACCAUUUAGUUGUUCAGUUUGUGGCAAAAGCUUUUCUCAAAACAGCCAUUUGACUGAACACAUGAGAACACACACAGGAGAAAAAACAUUUAAGUGUUCGGUUUGUGGCAAAAGCUUUUCUCGAAAUAGCAUUUUGACUGAACACAUGAGAACACACACAGGUGAAAAAACAUUUAAUUGUUCAGUUUGUGGCAAAAACUUUUCUCAAAAUAGCCAUUUGACUGAACACAUGACAACACACACAGGAGAAAAAACAUUUAAGUGUUCAGUUUGUGGCAAAGGCUUUUCUCGAAAUAGCAUUUUGACCAAACACAUGACAACACACACAGGAGAAAAAACAUUUAAUUGUUCAGUUUGUGGCAACAGCUUUUCUCGAAAUAGCUCUUUGACUAAACACAUGAGAACACACACAGGAGAAAAACCAUUUAACUGUUCAGUUUGUGGUAUGAGCUUUUCUCACAACAGCGCUUUGUGUCGACACAUGAGAACACAUGCUAGAGAAAAACCAUUUAGUUGUUCAGUGUGCUGUAAAAGGUUCACACAUAAUGCAGCUGCAGUAAAACACAUAAGAACCCACAAGGGAAAAUAUAUAUCAAUCCCACAAAAAAGUGCCAACUUUUACUCGUCAGACUGAUUGAUGUGCAAAUCAGAGACAUAUGAACAAUUAACCCCCAACACCCACCUCCCUCGACAAUCCGGCCCGUGAGAUUAGUUUGCAAAGAGUAAAAGUUAAACUGCUGUUCUAAAUGUGUCCACUGGAUGUCACAUUAUAAUUCUGUUAGGCAAGCAAAUAAAUAGUUCCGGGGCAAGUAAGUAUACUUGGUAAGAGGUACACGGUCUUUAUUAAAGGAAAUAUAUAUAUUAGGGCUGGGCGAUAUAUCGAUAUACCGCGGGGUUGUCUCUGUGCGAUAUAGAAAAUGACUAUAUGGUGAUAUUGGAGUAUACGUUCUCACACAGUUGCUUUUUUUUUUUUUUUUUCAAGUUUUUUUAUUGGCAUUUUCAAACAGACAGAAAAAAGUACAAGUCAAAACAGUACAAUUUUAAAGGCAAUAAAUGAUUCACACCCUUUCCCUUAAAACCCAAACCACCCACCCACCCUCCCACCCCACUCAGGUCCCACUAACGAGGGACAAAUGGCGCAAUUGUGUAACAAGUAAGACGACAAAGACAGACACAUUCUCUCACACACACACACACACACAUACGCGGCCAGAGACAGACAGAUAUAUAAUAAUAAAAUAAAAAAUAUAUAUAUAUAUAUAAUAAUAAAAUAAAAUAAAAAUUAAUAAUAAUAAUAAUAAAAUAAAAAAUAGAAUAAAAUAAUACUAAUAAAUAAAAGGGAGAUUAUUCCUCAUCUGCGUCUGGGCAUAGGUCAAGAGAGUUGACAUACAGCAAAAAAGGGCUCCAUGAGCUUUCAAAUGCUUGAACCGAGCCCUUUAGCGAAAACCUAAGUUUUUCCAGUUUUAGAUUGUAGAGAACCUCUCUAAUCCAACGGCCGUGUGAUGGGGGGCGAGCCAGCUUCCAAUUAAACAAGAUCAAUCGCCUGGCCAGCAAGGUCGUAAAAGCAACAGCGCGUUUUAGUGGUACCGGGCACAUUAUCGGGGCAUACGCCAAAAAUGGCUGAUAAUGGGUUGGGAGGAAAGUUUUGACCGUAUGCUUUUCCAAUUGUGUCAAAAAUGUCCUCCCAAAAGGAACAUAGUUAGAGCAGGACCAGAACAUAUGGACGUGAUCAGCCGGAGAUUGUUUGCAUCUAUUGCAGGUAUUGCUAACAGUGGGGUAGAUUUUGGAUAGUUUUGAAUUAGUGUAGUGAAUUUUAUGGAUUACUUUGCAUUGGAUGAGACUAAGACGGGCACAUAUUGAGGAGGAGUGAACCAGUUUCAGGGCCGAGUUCCAGUGUUGAUCGGAUAUGUUGGUAUUAAGAUCGCUCUCCCACGAGGCUCUUAUCACUGAUAUAGAGUUUGGAGCAACUGAGCUUAAGGAGGUAUAUAACACGGAGAUACAUUUUUUUAUGAUUAGGGCUCAAAGAUAACAAUGUAUCUAUAAGAGUUUCCGGAGGACGAUUUGGAAAGUGUGGGAACUGCUUCUUUACGAAGUCCCGCGCCUGAAAGAAACGAAAAAGGUGGGAGUUCGGCAGAUCGUAUUUGGAAGAGAGUUCAGUGAAGGAUGAGAACACUCCGUCUGCAUAGAGGUCUUUCACAGUGGUGAUACCAUGAUCGUGCCAAGUCAUAAAUGCGGGGUCAGUACGGGAAGGUUUAAAUAAUUGUUUUUUAAGUAGCGGGGUCAAUAUAGAUGGGCCCUGAGAACCCACGUGUUUUCGUGGCUGGUUCCAUAUUUUAAUGGAGAUUGAUACGAUGGUAUUUGUGCCUUCAAGUUUAAAUGGGAAAGGGAGUGGUGAGCAUAAGCAAGAAUGUAAUGAGGAGUGUGGGAUUGCCGUUUCAAGGGAUACCCAGGCCGGGAGGGUCUGAGAGCCUCCAUCCAUCCAGUAUAGGAGUUUCUGUACAUUAGCCGCCCAAUAGUAUUGUCUGAAAUUGGGGAGAGCAAGCCCUCCUUCAGAUUUGGGAGAUUGUAGGACAGACUUGCGGAUUCGAGCCAAUCCGGCCCCCCAUAAAAAUUUAGAUAUUGAUUUGUCUAAUUUAUCGAAAAAUGAUUUAGUAAUAAAUAUGGGGAUAUGUUGAAAAAGGUAAAGGAAUUUAGGCAGAGUGAUCAUCUUGAUCAGAUUGAUCCGGCCAGCGAGAGAUAAUGGUAAAACAGACCAGCGGGCAAAGUUCUUCUCCAUCUUUUCAAUUAGAGGUAAAAAAUUUGCCCGGAGCAUAUCAGACAUAGCCGGAGUAAUAAGGAUCCCCAAGUAAUGAAUCCCGUCAUGUGCCCAUUUGAAUGCCGCUAGAGAUCGUGGUAACUGUUUAGCUAAGGCAUUAAUCGGAGACAGCUCACUUUUUUGGUAGUUAAGUUUGUAACCAGAGUGUGUGCCAAACCGCUCCAAAAUGUCAAAUAUUACCGGGAGUGAGCUAGCAGGGUCCGAGAUGUACAGGAGCAGGUCAUCCGCGUAAAGCGAGACUUUGUGCAACGUGUCCGACCGGGUGAUACCUCUAAAGCCCGCCUCAGCGCGCAGCCAGAGAGCAAGGGGUUCUAUCGCAAUAGCAAACAGUAGUGGAGAUAACGGGCAACCUUGUCUAGUGCCUCUUUUUAGAAAAAUUGGGGCGGAUGGUGUAUUAUUUGUACGUACCGAGGCUACUGGGGACGAGUACAAAAGUUUAACCCAGAGAAUGAAAUCUUCGUUAAAACCAAACCGACCCAUCACUUCAAAUAGAUAUUCCCAUUCAACCCUGUCAAAGGCUUUCUCCGCAUCGAGGGACACUACCACCUCCGGGGUCGAAGGGUUUGGCGAAUGGAUAAUGUUUAGGAGGCGCCGAGUGUUGUGUGAGGAUUGCCGGCCUAGCAUAAAACCUGUUUGAUCCAACGAGAUGAUGGAAGGCAUCACCCUUUGGAGCCGGAGAGCGAGAACCUUGGAUAUAAUUUUUAGAUCUACAUUUAAGAGCGAAAUUGGUCUAUAGCUGCUGCAAAGCAGGGGGUCUUUGUCUUUUUUUAGGAUGAGAGAAAUGGUGGCCCUCGAUAAGGUUUCUGGCAGGCGAUGUUGCAGAAAAGCUUCAUUAUACAUGUCUCUUAGAGCCGGAGCAAGAGCACUGGAGAAAGUCUUGUAAUAUUCUGCACUGAAGCCAUCCGGGCCGGGUGACUUAUUGCUCUGUAAGGAUUUGAUGGCUUCCGUGAUCUCAAUGACACUAAUGGGCUGGCCCAGGCCCCUCGCAGCCCCACAUUCUAUCUGUGGGAAUGUUUUAUCGCCAAACAGCUCAUCUGAGGAAGGGGGGCAGUCUGAGGUAUAUAACGUUGUAUAAAAUGCAGCAAAUGUUUCAUUAAUCUUAGCUGGAUCAGUAUGUAGUUCUCCUGUGUUAGAGCGAAUAGACGUGAUUAGCCUCGAAGAUGCUUCCUCCCUGACCCGGUGGGAUAAGAGCCUGCCAGCUUUCUCCCCAGAUUCAAAAAAUCGUUGUCUGGAUUUGAGCAGUUGUAAUUUCGCUCUAUUAACAGACAUAAGGUCAAAGUCAGUUUGUAGGCGAAGGCGUUCUUUAUAUAGUGUCGGGUCUGGGUUUGAAGCGUAUUUAUCGUCGAGAUCCUUAAUCUUGCGGAGCAGCCCAGUGAUUUGAAUGGUCUCUGUCUUAUUUAGGUUUGAAACAAAAGAUAUAAGUUGUCCUCUAAUAUAGGCUUUAGAUGCUUCCCAUAGUAUACCUCUUCCAAUUUCUGGCGAGUCGUUCAGUUCGAAAAAACACUUAAUUUGAUCGUGUAGAAAAUUCCUAUAACGGUCUUCUGCUAGUAAGGCUGAGUUGAAUCGCCAUUGUUUAAGGGGUCUAGGUUGAGUGUCCAUAUUGAUGUCGACUGAGGUGGGGGCAUGAUCGGAGAUUACGAUACUAUGGUAAUUACAUGUUUUGGUUUUGGAAAGCAAUCUAUUGUCGAGAAGAAAGAAGUCUAUCCGAGUGUAAGUGUGAUGUACAUGGGAGAAGUAGGAGAAUUGUUUAAUUGUAGGGGAGGCAUGUCUCCAUGGGUCUGUAAGACCCAACUGUUUAGCGAAAGUAUCCAGUGUUUUAGCUGAAUUAGAUAAGGGAGCCAGUUUGUUAGAUGAUCGAUCCAGUACAGGAUCCUGCACCAGGUUAAAGUCCCCGCCCAUAAUGAUGAAAUGGUUUCCAAUGUUCGGAAAUGAUGUAAACAAUUUAGUCACAUAAGAGUUGUCAUCCCAGUUGGGUCCAUAAACGCUAGCGAGUAUGACUGGGGUGCCUUGCAGCUUUCCCGACACAAUAAUAUAACGACCAGUCGGGUCUGCUACAGUUUGAUUGAGUUCGAAUGAAAUAUUUCUACGAAUAAGGAUAGCUGUGCCCCUGGCCCUUUCGUUGAAUUUUGAAUGGAAAAUAUGGCUGAUCCAGCCUCUUUUAAGUCGUGAAAUCUCUCUGUUGCGAAGGUGGGUCUCCUGAAUGAAAAAUAUAUCUCCUUUGAGGUGUUGCAAAUGGGUCAAGACCCUCCCAAUUUUAGUGGCGCUCCCCACUCCCCUCACGUUCCAUGAAACAAAUCUAAGUGUAUUACUGGUGCUUGUCAUGUCUCACCAUGUCCAACUACGAGAGCAGAACGGGCUGAUGUAUACAAGCAGGUCAGGAGGGAGGCUGAUGCACGAUAACUGGGGACUGCAGAGAGUACUGGUAAGAGGAGGGGAUGAAACAGAAGCGUGAGAGGAAGGAAUAAGGAGAUAAACAAACCAAUAAACACACAUACAUAUAGAAAACACAACAGACUCACACACACACUCACAGACACAACAACAUACAACAAUGCCAGGUGGAUUAAACCUGGCAACCACCUACAGGGCCAUCGUCCCAGGACCUGAGAACCCCAUUGUCGAAACUGAACCUUAAGUGUCCUUUUCACAGCAGUGCGCUGUCCUUGCGCCUGCAUGGACGUAUCCAUAUCGGCUUCCGGGUUUUUCCACCUCCCGAGAACAACAGAUUGGCUCCAACUGAGUCAGAACAUAUUAAAGUGCAUCAAAACUGCAAUAUAUUCCCUCAGGAAACAUAGUACCCAGUACUAAGAUAACUUCAGAAAGCGAGAAAAAUAGAUUAUAAAGUAUAAGCAACUCAAAAAGCAUGUGGCAAAAUAAAGUAAAUGUAAAGUACAAGCAAGCGGUGUCACACAUAUACAUACACACAUACAUACACCUAUAUAUAUAUAUAUGCAUAUACACACACACACACACGCGCAUAAACAUGUAUACCAUCAUGGAUGUAUAGGUAAGGAAUAACAGUAACCAACCAAGAAAUAAGUAGAUCAGCAGCUAGGUCAAAUAACAAAGAAGUAAACCACCGUGUAAAAAUAUAUAUCUAUUAGAACAUGAUAACUAAAUGUAAAGGGGAGACAAAAUAAUUUGAGUGUCGAUGUAACAAAAUAAAACAGAAUGAACAAUAUUGCUGGUUGAAAGUGGAUCCAAUGAGUGUACACACAGAUGUGAUAUUCACGGUCAGGCCUGGAGUUAGAGUUAUGUUAGCAUGGUUGAUCGUGAUAAAGCAGGCGUUGAUUAUUAAGGUUGGUGUCGGCAGUGUGGCAUCCAGACAUGGCUGCAGUCAGCCAAGCUAGCGCCACCCUGCCAUGCACUGUGGGGUAGUCACACCGUAUCAAAUAAAGUUUCAAUAAAGUCA